AUGGCCAGUCCCUCACCCUCCGCCGCCGACGAGACCCAGCAGGGAAAGCAGAUUCACUUCAAGUUCUGCCGUGAAUGCUCUAACCUCCUCUACCCCAAGGAAGAUCGCGCUACCAACCAACUUAUGUUCACUUGCCGCACCUGUCACGUCGGUGAGCCGGCCACCUCUUACUGUGUGUACCAGAACAAGCUCCACAGUCAAGUCGGAGAUACUGCUGGUGUGACUCAGGAUGUGGCUUCCGACCCUACGCUUCCCCGAGCGAACAAGACAUGCCCCAGCUGCCUCGAAACAGAAGCCGUCUUCUUCCAGUCGCAACAAAGAUCCGCUGAGACAGGAAUGAAACUUUACUACGUCUGCUGCGCAUGCGGAAAUGUCUACAUGUGA